AGCAAAGCGUAUUCGAAUGGCAGACCUCCCUUUAUCGACUUGUAGGAGUCAUGAAUACACAUUGAUAAAUUUUAUCUGCUUCUUGCUAGCAAGCUUUUCUUCGGUUGCGCUGGCGGUUUUCGUCUCUACGACUCAAACAUAUUUCAUCACGGAUGUGUUACAAAUAGGUGAGAACGUCGGCAGUUACGUUGGUACUUUGGGCUUGUUCGAUGAAAUCCUGUCGAUGUGUUUAGUGCCAUUGAUGGGAGUUUUAGCAGACAGAUUUGGGUCCAGGGUUGUUGUCUCAUCAGGUUUCCUAGUUUCUGGGCUAAGUCUUUUUGGUUUUGGAUAUUUUGUACGAACUAAUGUGGUCCCUCAAAUGCUUUUUUGGAGGUUGGUGUUUGCUGCCGGGCUGACAGCUUCCUUGGGUAUUCUCACAGUUAUGGUAAUCGAAAUGAACCACUCGGGAUUCGAUCUUAAAGCACACAUAUCUGGCUUUAGCAACUCCUUAAUUCCGUUUGAUAGAGAACAAGAAGAGUCUGAUGCCAUUGGUGGUCGCGAUGGAGCAGAUGUCCACGAAAACUAUCUGGAAAGAGUAGACAAUCUGAACAAAUCCAGGAAAGACGGGACCAAGGUGUCUUAUAUGGGAAUAAUGAGCGGUCUUGGUGCGGUGUUUGCUGUCACUCUGCUACUGAGACUUCCAGUUUUUUUUGGUAAAACAAGGCCGGCAGGAUCAGCCAUGAGAUUGUCAUACUACACUGUGGGAGCUGGUGCCAUAGUUGUGUCUGUGAUUAUGUGGUUUUGCUCUUUCAAAAGUGGAAGCGAUAUCUCUUUUAAGGACGAUCUUUUUGAAUCGUAUGCACAUGACAAUGGGACACGGGAGGAUCUGGUUAGCGAUUCUGAUGAGGAGUACUUUACGUCCUCUACGGUAAGAGAAACUUAUUGGACCUCUCUCAAAAUAGGAUUUCAGUUGUCGAUGGAAGAUCCCGGGAUUCUCAUUGCUUAUCUGAGUGGCUUCAUUUCACGAUGCAUAACAAUUGUGAUUACAUUAUACAUUCCAUUCUAUGUGAACGCCUAUUAUAGAGAGAUAGGAGAUUGUACCAAGAGUUCAAACGACAAAGUUGACUGUCCAGAAUCUUAUAUUUUGUCAUCGAUUCUCACGGGUGUAGCCAAUUUAUUUGGUCUUUUGCUUGCUCCAAUUUCGGGAAUUCUUGUCGAUCGAUUGAACAAUUAUACCAUUCUCAUUUCAAUCGCCGCAAUCAUCUCGACAACUGGGUUUCUUACAUUCUGCUUGAUAACAGCACCGGAUAAAAGUGCGAUAAUUUAUCUGGCAGCGUCAAUGAUGGGUUCUGCCCAAAUCAUGUUCAUUAUAAUAUCAAUGACAAUGAUUUCAAACAUAACCUCGGAGGACAAAUAUCGGCAGCGAGAAGGUUCUAUAUCGGGGGUCUUCGCUUUCGUGGGCGGUGUCGGGAUCAUUUUCACAUCUUUUGUUGGGGGAAGGUUAGCUGAUUUCAAUCCCAAGCUUCCAUUCUUGCUUGUGGUUAUUACAAGCUUAGUGAGCCUCUUGGUUGUUUUGCUUCUCAACGGUCACUCUUUGAGAAGCUUGUUUGGUUUUUCAAAGCCUUCCGAAAGAAUCGAGGAACAAGAUGCAUCUAGUCUGUUAGAUUACGCUUCAACACGAACAUGAGCUCCACUUUUGGAGUGCUAAGCCAUAUCGAAUUUUAAGCUUCAUCUUAUCGCUCUUUACAUCACAAUUGUUAGCUCCAAUAUAUAGGUACUUGAAAGAAUAAAGGAUUGGGGCUAGUGACCGGGCCUGUUGAGGAACAUAUGUAGCUUUGACGGCAAAGAAAAAUUACAGGAUACUAGAUGUAAUCUGUCAGGUUUAGAAGGGGAUGGAUGUCCAUGAAGCUGGGAUGUGGCACGUAUAGUAUCUUAUACAGGAUUUGAGAGCAUGACCUAUCGUAUUAGGGAUGAUCAAAUAUACUGGUCAAUGGUGAUAGAUUUAACUUGCGGUAACGACAGAAGUUCCUUCUUGAAAUCUCACCUUGAAUAGCCUAUUCGCGUUGGUAAACAUGCCCUCCUUCAAUGAGACAACAAUGAACUGAGACCCCUUGAACCUGGUUUUUAUUAGAUGGCCAAUGUUCUGAGUGUGACUCAAGUCGAGAGCAGCAUCAACCUCAUCUAGAAUAUACAUGGGAGCAGGUUUGAACUGAAGAAAAGACAUGAUCAAAGAUAGAGCAACUAGAGAACGUUGGCCACCCGACAGUUCAACCAACGACUCUUUCCAAACGUUGCCCAGCUUAACCCGUACCUCCAACCCCUUAGUUACGUCAUUCGGAUCAGUUGGAACGAGUUUAGCGUAGGCUUGAGGCAGAAGAUCUCCAAAUAUCUGCCCAAAAUCGUCCGAUACUUUCUUAUACGUUUUAAGAAGCUCUGUUCUUUUAUAGUCAUCAAGUUUUCGGACAGUUUCUUCAAUUUUGGCCUUAUCCUUGUUUAUCUGCCUUAUUUUAGUCCUCAGUGAACUUUCGUGUUUUUCAUGCUGUUCUAUCUGCGCCAUAAUAUUGCUAUUUACUCCCUUCUUCUUCAUUGAUGAUGAGCGGCUUUUCAACUGUUCGAUGCGCUUGUGACAGUGCUCUAGAUUGAUGUUAGGGUACUGCUCCAGAACUUGAUUGAGUAGCUUGCGAUCAGAGACCCAUUCUUGUUCUGCAGUUAUUCGAUUUACUUUCUCUUUGAGUGAAUUGUAGAGAUUCUCAUGAGAAGUCAGUACAUCUCUUUGCUUCCUCAAAUUUAGAUCUACCUCAUUGUACUCCUCACGUUUUUGAUUCAGCGUUUGUGUCAUUUCCUGCAGCUCAUCAUUGAUUUCCACCAUCUUUGACUUCUCUUGAGUGAUUGAAUUCCUAACCUUGGCAAUCUCCGCAGAAAGAUGGUCACAUUCUUCGUCACCCUUCUUAAUCUCACUCUUCAACAGCAUGAUAGUUUUCUCUGAAUCUUCAAUUUGCUUCUCAAGGACAUGCAAAUCCGAUUGGAGUUCAUCUUGGCCAAUCUGAUGCUGCUGGAAUCCCUUUUGUGACAAUUUCAGUUGCAUUUUCUCUUUAUCAAUGAGAACAGAAAGCUCAUUGAUUUCCUGUCGAAGGGCGCGGAGCUUUCCUUCUCCGUCAUUAUCAAAAUCUCUCAUAUCAUUUUGAAGAGACUCAAUUUCCGCUUGAACCCUGAUGCCCUCAUUUUCUAAAUCUUGAAUCUGCUUUUCAAGCUCUUUUAUUUCGGCCUCAUCGCGUUCCACCCUUUGAAGUAGUCUAGCCGCUUCAGAAUGCUCAAGCUGCUUCAGCAAAAUGCUUUUUUGAUAAAUUUCCAUCUCGAGGUCACGUUGAAGUGCCCCUGUUUGUUUGCUCAGGAUUUCCUGUUGCUGGAUCUCCUUUUGGAUCGUGUGCAAGGCAGAAAGGAGAUGACGUUCUUGUUCUCUAAAAUUUCUGAGCUUUGCAAAUGCAGCAAGAAUGGAAGAUGUACUUUGUCUAGAUCCACCAGAAAGUCGGCCUUCUGGGUCAUAUAUAUCCCCAUCCAGUGUAAUGGACGCAGUUCUUAUCUUUGGAUCGAAAGUAACCCUUUUCGCUGUUUCAGGAUCCUGGCAAAUCAAGCGAUUUCCAAAAAUGAACUGCAUUGCUUUGCUGUAUUCAGGAUCGUGUUCAAUCAAAUUCAGUGCGAGCUCUACCUUUCCUGGAGCCAGGGAUUUUGCAGCAGUCAGUUGGGUGUCAGUAAUCGUCUUCGAGGUUAUUUUAUUGAGUGGAAUUAUUGUGACUCGCCUUCUCAAGUUCCCCUUGUCCAAUAAUUUAGAUCCUGACUUCUCUGUGUCAACAAUAACAUUAUACAAUCUCCCACCAGCACAGACUUCGAUGGCCGUUGUAGAUUUAUUGUUCAGUUCACUAAUCGUAAAAAGUUCUCCGACUAACCCCUUGACGGAGGUAGAAUCUAGUCCCGCAUUGAUAGCAUCAAAUUCAAAGAGCAAGUUAGGAUGAGCGCGAUGAAACUCAGAUAUUCUGUGCCGAAGUCUGUAUAACUCAUGAUUUAAAUUCUUCUCUUGAUCUUUCAAAGACUUGACCUUCUCUGGGAAGAAACCUAAUCUCUCAAGAUCGACGGACAUUUUUGUACAAAGGUCUUCCUUUAUUUUUAUUUUUUGAUUAAGGGAAUCAACUUCAUCCUUAGCAGACUUAAUUUUAUCUUCCUUCGAGGAAAUGUCGUUCCUCAAAUGGUCAAUUCUGUAACGUGAUUUCUCUUUCUCUACAGUGAUCCGGGACAGCUUCUGUUUACUGUUGUGCAACUGAGCUAGAAAUCCUCCAUCGGUCGACCCUUUAGAAGACAGGCCCGUAGAAAGCGCGGAUAAGAGAUCCUCUCUUUGUCUCAAUUGCUCAGUGAGAUUCUCCACAUAUGUUUUUCGACGAUUAAAUUCCAUUUCAGCGUUAUUGUAUGCUUCAUCAGAGCUGUUUUGGAGUUUCUUUUGCUUGUCUAACUUCAAGCACAAAUUCUUCAACUUGGUGUUCUCCUCCUCUAGAAUCUGUGAUUUCAAGUCCCUCGCUGUAACCGUUCUAGUCAUUAAAUUCGUCAACUCAGUUUCAGUCGCUUCGAGCUCCUUUAAAGUGAUUCCCUUACCUAUUUCAUUUUGUUUUCGUGCACGCAUAUCUUUUAGGUCUUCCUCCAGCGUUGCGAUUUCGCUUUCCAAAGUUUGAGCUUUAGAUUCAAGUUGUUGCACUUGCAUUUUGCCUUUUUCUACUACUUCUUCUUGAGUCACCAAUUUCUUAAGAAAUAUUUGAUAGUCAUGAGCUGCAACUGCUUUGGAAAGGGUUUCAAGCUCAAUGAUAAUAUCUUGAAAUUCCAUCACUGUACGUUUCUGUUCCCGGAGAUGUCUAAGUUUGGGUUCCACUUCUUCCUUGAGAAGAUUCUCGGUAGUUUCCAGCUUAAUAUUCUUUUUAGCCAUUAUUCGCUCAGCUUUUUCUCGCUGUCCCUCAUACAUCUUCGUCCCCGCAGCUUCCUCAACUAGUCCAAGAAUCUCAGUUGGUUUCAUGUUUAACAUCUUCGUGAUCUUCCCUUGCAUUAUCAAAAAGUUAGGAUUGUUGAUGUUAAGCUGAACUGAUUGCAAGAGAUUGAGUAUCUGUGAUUGCUGAACCUUAUGACCAUUGAUAAGAUACUUUGAAGUCCCGCCAAGCAAAACCUGACGAGAAAUACUUAUUUUCGAAUAUUGUUCGAAACCAAUGGGAGACUUAGAUUUGUCGCUGUUAUCGAAGGUGAUGGUCACUGAAGCCUUUGUAACUCCUGCCUGACCUCUUUUGUAAAUUAAAUCCUGUAAAUUUGCUGCCCUGACUGUAGACAUGCUCGAUAUUCCUAAAACAAAACAAAUCGCAUCCAAGAUAUUAGAUUUCCCAGAUCCAUUCAAUCCUGUUAUGGCAUUGAAUUGUGGAUCCCAAGAUGAGAUGACAGUUCUUACAGCAUAAGAUUUGAAGCCAUCCAGUACAAGUUCCUCUACCUUCAUCUGAGGAUGUCAAAGUAAUAGGGUAAAAAGCUCAAGGACUGUGUUGUUGAU